GAGGGAAGCUGCCCUUUAUACGGGCUCCCGAGUCGCUUCCGGGUCUCGCUUCCGGAAACAGGAAGUGGCCGGCCCAUCCUCCUCGCCCGGCAGUCCCGAGGCGGGAGGAGCUCGAGGGGGGCGCGGGCUCGCGUGUUUAAACCGCUGUUAAGAGUCCAGCUUGUUCUUCAGACCUUCCCUCUGUGGCAAAGCUCCUUUCUGCCAGAGCUGGACCUUCUUUCUGGAGGGAUUUCGUGCUGGAAGACAUGGAUCUCGCCGCUAAUGAGAUCAGCAUCUAUGACAAACUCUCAGAGACUGUUGACUUGGUGAGACAGACUGGCCAUCAGUGUGGAAUGUCAGAGAAAGCAAUAGAAAAGUUUAUCAGGCAGCUGCUGGAAAAGAAUGAACCUCAGAGGAGACCACCCCAGUACCCUCUCCUUAUAGCCAUGUACAAGGUCCUCCUAACUCUGGGAUUAAUCUUGCUCACUGCCUACUUUGUGAUUCAACCUUUCAGCCCAUUAGCACCCGAGCCGGUGCUUUCUGGAGCUCAUACCUGGCGUUCACUCAUCCGCCACAUUCGACUGAUGUCCUUGCCUAUUACCAAGAAGUAUAUGCCAGAAAAUAAAGUCAUUUCUCUGCAAGGAUCCAAUGAAGACACACCCUUUCCAGACUUUGACCCCUGGUUGUCAAAUGACUGUGAGCAGAAUGAGUCGGAGCCCAUCCCUGCCAACUGCACUGGCUGUGCUCAGAUAUUACCCCUCAAGGUAACGCUCCCAGAGGACACCCCAAAGAACUUCGAGAGACUCCGACCUCUGGUGAUCAAGACAGGACAGCCUCUGCUGUCUGAAGAGAUUCAGCAUUUCUUGUGCCAGUACCCUGAAGCAACAGAGGGCUUCACUGAGGGCGUUUUCACUAAGUGGUGGCGUUGCUUUCCUGAGAGGUGGUUCCCGUUUCCUUAUCCAUGGAGAAGGCCUCCGAACAGAUCACAAAUUCUACGGGACCUUUUUCCUGUUUUUAACCAACUUCCAUUUCCAAAAGAUGCCUCCUUAAACAAGUGCUUCCUUCUUCACCCGGAACCUGUGGUGGGCAGUAAGAUGCAUAAAGUGCACGACCUGUUUACCGUGGGCAGUGGGGAAGCCAUGCUGCAGCUCAUCCCACCCUUCCAGUGCCGAAGACACUGUCAGUCCGUGGCCAUGCCAGUAGAGUCGGGGGAUAUUGGCUAUGCCGAUGCCACCCACUGGAAGAUCUACAUUGUAGCCAGAGGGGUCCAGCCUUUGGUCAUCUGUGAUGGAACUACUCUCUCAGAACUAUAGGAAACAGAACUACCUCUAGGAACUGCUUGGAGGGCUAAAAACCAGGCUGAAGGGGGUGGGGGGGGAAUAAAAACAAUAAAACCACA